GUAUGUUGUAAACGUCUCUCGUUGCGAAGUAUUUGGGGAAAUUUUACAACAGAUAGAUCUACACUUCGGGUGUUGUUAUUAUAGGUUCGUUCCUGCCUCAUGCUAAGGCUUACUUAACGUGUUGUAAAACAACACUUUUCUUGUUCAUUUUUAUCCGCUUCGCAUGUGUGUAACCGUUUUUCACGAAUGUCGACGUAUAUCUGAGCGAGGAAAGUUUUUAGUUCUGUGAAAUGUAUUUCUUUACUUGAUGUUUUUAUUCCAACUCGUAAAGAUCGGUUGAGUAUGUUACAACAAACGUCACUCGCUGCAACGUAUUUGGGAAAAGUUCACAACAGAUAGAUCUAGAUUCUAGAUCUAGAUGAUCUACACUUUGGGUGUUAUCGUCAUUCCUGCCUCAUGCUAAGAUCAUUCGGUGACAUUCUCCUUCCCCCCAACCCGCACGCUCUUCUCCCUUCCUCGUUCUGCUCCUCCUCUUCCUCCUCCCGUCAAUGAGGUGGUUUGCGUCACAUGAGUUUGCCUCCUGAGAACGGUAUUAAAGAGGCUGUGAUUUGGAUACGCGAGCCAUUUCUUGUCGUGCUGGGUGAGCCGGCUUGUGAUGACGCCAGGGACUCACAGGGGGUUCCCAGCCAAGACGAUAGACGAGAACGGCGCUGAAAGUAAUGGCCUGGUUUCCUCUCGGUAUCACGUGACGAACGGCGCAGACAGCAACGACGCGAGCGUCAAAGACCAGGAGGAGGCGGCAAAGUUAUCUGGUGGUGUUGGGACCGCCGAGGCUGAGGAGACGGCGUUCAUGAAGGAGAAGAUGAAGAAGGAAGCUGGAGGCUUCUGGGCCACGCUAAGGCAGAACAUCGCACUCACGGGCAGUAACAGUUUUGCCCUGUUUGUGUUGCCGCCAACACACAGGAAGUGCACGCGUGGGAGGGAAACUCUGGCUCAGCCAUGCAGUUCCUCAGUUUCUCCUACUCUCUGGGCGGCAUCAUCGGACCUCUGAUCGCGGAACCCUUCCUAUCCUCGGCGCAUCCCCCAGUGGACACCGGCCAGCCUUCGACCAACGUCACACAAAGUCUUUACAACGGCUCUGUGACGUCAAACAGAACUCGCGAUCUCCCGGAUAAUUCCUCGGACUACAUCCAGCAGCGUGCCUCUGGUCAAGUGACGCCCAACUAUACACAAGUUGAUCCCGGUUUAGGCCUCUCUGUAGACAACUCCUCGUCUGGCGAGGCGAAUAAUUCUACGCUGUAUGGUCUCCAGCCUUCUGGUUUUGUCCACUACAGCGGGUCUGACCAUAUGGAGUUGGUCAGCAACAUGACUCAAUCUUCGGACGAGGCACACUUCGAGUCAAACAUCCACUACGCGUAUUUAAUUGGUGCCAUUCUCACCGCCUUUGCAGCCAUUCCUUUUAUCGUGCUUUAUUUCCGGUCACGGCAGAACAUGAAAGUGACCGGUCAGUCUUCGUCCUCCGCGGACUCACGCUACCAUAGACUUCCUCUACGGACGUACAUCUUCCUAGCCGGCGUAAUCAGUGCCUUCUAUUUCUUUUACACUUCUGUGGACGAUUCGUUCGCGCAGUAUCUGUCCGUGUUUGUAGUCACAGAACUGGGCUGGAGCAAAGAGGCGGGGGCGGAGGUGAGCUCUCUCUACUGGAGCUGCUCGACAGUGACCAAGCUGGUCAUGGUUCUGGUGGUUCAACGGCUCAACGUGAGCGCUGUUCUCCUGCUCAGCACGGUCGGAAUGAUGAUCUCUCUGGUCAUGAUCUCGCUGUUCUCUCUCCACAAAGUCCACGCCAUGGUGUGGGUGUCCACCGCCUGCCUCGCUCUCUCCCAGUCUGCGGUGUUUGGAGGCGGUUUUGCCUGGGCAGACACAAAUUUGCUGAUGCUUGACGGGAAAAUAACGAGCUGUGUGAUGAUCUUCAGCUCUCUCGGGGCCAUGGUCACGCCUCUUUUCCUGGGCUACAUGAUGAAGGAGCUGUCUCCGAUGUCCUUCCCGUACCUCCUGACGGCUCAAAGCUUCGUCACCUUCCUCCUGUUUGUGUCUAUGAUCACUGUGGUCAAGCCUAUUGUCACACGCAAAUACGGCCCUCCGAGACCUACGGUAUCUUGUGGGGAGGCUAAAGAAGAAGAAGACAGUGAAUCACUGAGGGGCAACGGUGUGAAGAAUAUUCCAAAAGACAGUGUAUCGAAAAGUACUCUUCAGUACCCAGUGUCUGCUUUUUGUGAGCCUAUGAAGGACAGCGUUGAGGAGUCCAGUCAAAUGAUCUAAAUUGUGUCUGUCGCGAUGUAAAACACCAACAUGAAAACGGUGUCGAGUCUAAUGGCUUUAUGUUGUUCUGUUGUGUUCUCAACUUUGGCAUUCCCUGACACUAUAACAAGCUGCCUCAA